GAGUUUUCUUUGAUUUAACCUUCCUUCGAUAUGACUUGGUUAGGAAUCUCAAAUUUGGUUGAGUUAUGGAUGGUUUAGAUUUAGUAGAAUCGCUAGAUCUGUCCUAUCAUACCAAUUAAAAUAAGUUUACCCAACUGAAUGGUUUUCGAUUCAUGUUACAUGAGUUUGAAUGAUUCUAUAUUUCUGAUGGCUUUAAUUUUAUCCAAGAUUCAGAUUGCUGGGUUGUGGAUUUUGGGUUUCGGGUUCUGGUCGUUGUUCCUAUGUUUUGGUCCGGAUAUGGGUUUGUACAUGCUCACCUUUGAUAUAAGGAGGAUAUUCUUGUUCGACUUGUUUACCAUUAAAAAAUCUGAAAUCCAGGGAGAAAGAAUGUCUGGUAAAUGUUGCGUGGUGACCGGAGGCAGGGGCUUUGCCGCCAGGCAUUUGGUGGAUAUGCUCAUCAGAUCAGACAAGUUCCUCGUUCGGAUAGCUGAUCUACCUCCCGCCAUCGACCUCUCCCCGGAGGAGGAGAAUGGAGACCUCGGUCGUGCAUUGGAAUCCGGCCGCGCUUCCUACGUCUCUAUGGAUCUCCGCAACAAGCCCCAAGUCCUCCAAGCUCUUAAAGGAGCCGAGGUUGUUUUCCACAUGGCGGCCCCGCAUUCAGGUAUCAACAACUAUCAGCUCCACUAUUCAGUCAACGUGGAAGGGACCAAGAACGUGAUUGAUGCUUGCGUCGAGCUUAAGUGAAGAUCCUAAUCUUCACUAGCUCUGCUAGUGUGGUUUUUGAUGGGAUUCAUCCAAUCUUCAAUGGAGAUGAAGCAUUGCCGUAUCCACCCAAGCCUCUUGAUUCCUACUCCGCGACUAAAGCAGAAGCGGAGGCUGCUGUUCUUAAGGCAAAUGGUACUAAUGGGCUUCUUACUUGCUCCUUACGUCCUAGUAGCAUAUUUGGUCCAGGAGAUUAAAUUGUUUAUUCCUUCUCUUGCUGAGUCGGCGAGGGCUGGCAAAUCCAAGUUCUUAAUUGGUGAUGGCAACAACGUCUACGACUUCACGUAUGUUGAGAAUGUGGCACAUGCUCACAUAUGUGCUGAACAAACUUUGUCAUCAUCAGGGGGAGGCUGCAGAGAAAGCUGCAGGGCAGGCAUAUUUUAUAACCAACAUGGAGCCUAUCAAGUUUUGGGAGUUCACUGGAAAUGUUUGUGCAGGUCUUGGUUAUGAGAGGCCAAGGAUCAAGGUUCCUGCUGUUGCUGUAUUGCCAGUUGCUCAUGCAAUUCAGUGGGCAUAUAAUCUACUCGGCACAUAUGGGAUGAAGCUCCCAGUGCUGAUUCCUUCAAGAAUUAGGCUUCUUUCUGGCAACCGAUCAUUUAGUUGUGCAAAGGCUCAUGAACGUCUUGGCUAUACACCAAUUGUAUCACUCGAGGUUUGGCAACAUUCUGCUGUGAUUCAAUUUCUUUAUUUAGUGCAAACAAGGGCUUGGUCCAGUGUUAUUGUCAUUGGUCUUGAACCUGGAGGUCUCAUGUUCGAGUCCCUUCAGUAGCACCUAAUUAAAAAAACUAACAUAUAUCAUCCUUAUAAAAAGAAUUCUCUAUUCAGUGAUGUUAUGCAUUGUUUUGUGAAUAAAGGAAAUUAUCCUUGUACAACUUCCACAAAAGUUGGAUAGUAUAAAAUUACGAAGUUCAAUCACCUCCAGAUGUCCUAACUUAUUACUGUGAAAUUGUUAAAUAUCUCUUCAACGUAAAUAAGUGUCCGUCAAACUGUUUUUCCAUGCAAACCCAGUCUUGGUAUACGGAGCUUGGUCUCAUUUAAUCCGCAUGGUGAAAUAAUAAGUCUGUUUUUCACAUUUCCUCUCUUGGGUCAGACUAAUUGUGCUUUAAUGUCUUUGUAUAACUGGUCUCCGAGCUUAUAAUUACCCUGUUUAUUUGCUGUGCCAGCUAAUAAUAUAUAUUAACAGCUACAAGUGGAGGCACAUAAAUAAGAAACAACUUAUACAGCAGUACCUGUGCAGUUGAGUUUAUCUUUUUCGAUUGCAGGAUGGUUUGAAAAGGACUAUUGAGUCAUUUUCACAUCUUAAUGCUGAGAAUCAACCUAAAAGAGAUGGGCCAUCUAAGGCUUCAUUAUAUCUUGGAAAUGGAAGAGGUAUGAUGUUAAAUUAUUUGCUAUAAUUGUUAGAGUGUGUCUUUCACGUUGUGCCAAGAGGGAGAAACAAAUGUGCAGACUGGGUCAUGAAAUCCAGAGCUAAUUGGACCUUCCUAAUUAUUGAAUUCAUAUCUAGAUCUCUUUUACCACCUGAUGUAAUAUACUUAGCUUGUACUUCAACCGCAGUUACAAAUGUGAUGGAAACCCGACUAGUGGUGCCGGAGCCCUUUUGUUUUUUUUACUAUUAUUAUUUUGUUGAGUUAUUUUUCAGAACAACUAUUUAAGGAUUAAGACAUUGUUAUUUUAGAUGAUGAAAGAACAAUAUUGAAUAUGUAAUUUCUCAACUCUCCUUCUCUUCUCUUCCUUCCGCUUCUUCCCCCAAAUUCCCUUAUCAAUUCUGCCUCAAUUGCUAAUUUCUCUUCUCAAUCCCUAAUACCUGUCAUUGCAAUUAUCAUUUGCAGUUGCUGACACACUACUUUGGAAGGAUACCAAGAAGACACUCAUCGUGUUGCUAGUUCUAAUGGGGAUUUACUACAGUUUCAUUUCGUCUAAUUCUACCAUUAUUACUGCGACUUCAAAGCUUCUCUUGAUGGCAGCAAUUUUUCUAUUCGUCCACGGCAGAUUACCUGAGAAAAUGUAUGUCCCUUAUCUCUUCCUUUCAGUUCAGUCCUAUGUUGAUUUUCGUGCGACUAUAAGUGUGCAGUUGCCAUUGAUUUGAUGUCUUUGGAUGGGUAUCGCUGGAUGCACAACCCAUUUGCUUCUUACUGCCUUAAAGUCUAGAACAAGCAGCUUUGAGUUUGACCAACAGAAAAGUAUGAUUUGUGUUUGUAUUAUACUCCAAUCUCUUGGUGUAAAUUUGGAAGGGAGACGUUUCUUCAUCUAGAUUAAAUGCAGCGCUAACUAAUAUAAAGCCACAUUGAAUAAUGUAUGAGCUUUUGGAUCUGUAUGUUUUGUCAGUAAGAGCCUUAAGGUGCUCAGAAGUAUAAAUAUUGGAUGUGAGAACCAUCAUAGAAGCUUUCAGUGUUGUUUAAUUAAGAGAACUGGACUAUUAUAGUGUGCUAGUGACACAUUUGAUUCAUAUGCUCAGAUUUGGGUAUAAAAUCGAAAAGAUCCAUCCGUCUGAUUUUUACUGGACUGAGAAGAAGUCUUACCAAGUUGCUCAUGUAUUAGCUUCGUUCUGGAAUGUCGGGAUCAACAUUCUAGAAUCUCUUUGCAGAGGGAAGGACUGGUUGGUUUUCCUCAAGGUUGUCUUGUCGCUGUUGAUCAUUGGCUUCAUAGGGACCAUUUCCCUUCACUCAUUGUUUGUAAUGGGAGUUCCCACAACUUUUUUAGGGUUCUACUUGUACGAAUGGAACGAAGAAGCGCUUGAUGGUUUGGUGUCGGAUGCUCUCUCUUACGGAUAUAAAUUGAAAUCUCAAAUCAUCCACAAAGUAACUGGUCCAAAACUUGACUAACAAUGAAGGCUCAUUAGAUAAACUAUGCAGUUUUUCUUUGUGCCCCUCCCUUGGUUGACAGUUUUGUAAAGGUCACGGAAACAUACAUGGUCAGCUGGGAUACUUCUGUUUGUAUCGAGUGUUACACUAACAGCGUAAUGCAAUCUGUUUUUGAUUUUAUUUGGCUACUAUAACUUGAUCAUUUAAACUUAUAGUAUUAGGCAUAUCAUUUGCCAGUCACCAUGGGACGGGCUAGCAUGCUAACCCCUUAAGGGGUUGGUUUUUUGACACCCCCUUUUAAUUGGUCAAUUUUUCAUUAAUUAUUGACAAGUAUUAAUGAAAGUAAAUAUAAUAAAUGUUAUGUUAUUAAAUACAAAGUAAGCAUUAAAUAUACCACAUUAAUUACCACUUU